GCGAAUUUUAGAUAUAUUUUGUUUAUUUUAAAUUUGUUACUCAAGUGAUUUUCAGUUAAGUACAUCUCCGUGUUUCGGCGUUACCGUGUUACACGGAUUAAUAACGAGUUAAAAUGAAAGAAAUGUGUCCAUCUAAAUAAUGAUGAUGUAAAUCUAAGUAAUAGAGACAUAAUAGGGGCUAAGUGUUAUCAAGUUAAGAGCAAGUGCCGUCACAAGUCACGGCAAUCAACCACUGCAUUGAUCUCUCUCGGACACAGUAGCUUUAAAAACAGCUGUAGUAUUCUGCACAUUCUUGCAGUAAUCUUUGUGAUCGUGACGUAGGAACGCAGAAUGAAGCAAAAAAAGAACCCAUCUAACGAACAAGCCGGUAUGCCUCUCAUGUUUUCCUGUCAUAGCAGCUGAAAUAGCUACAUCGUGCUAUGGAACAAACGUUGUCUUAGAAAAGAAACCCGACCAGCAACGUUACGUUAAUCGUGUCGCCUACCUAGAACCAGAGGACGUGGACCUAGUCCCAACAGAGCCAUGAAAAACACCCGUCAAUAAAAUGUGGUUGAAAAGAUCAAACAAACUUUGUGGGUAAUUGUGGACAUCAUUCAUGUUGUGAUUGCUUGCGAAAUCUUGAUUGUGGCCGCCGCCGCCGCUGAUGAUUGGCGACAACAACAGCAGUGUUCAUCAUUCAUGAAGUCAGCGAACAGAAAUCAGGAGGUUGUUAGUGUUAUGUUCAUGUGUGCAUUUGUUCGCUCUCCUGCUGUCACCACUCGAGCUUUGUAAACACUACUAGGUAUACCUGGCCCUUACGCCACUGCCGUUAAGGACACUUGCCCCUUGUUAAAAAAUGUCGUAUACUAGUUAAUAAAGGUAGUACUAGCUAGCUACUACCUACUCGUACGUCUCGGUUGCUGAAGCAAUUCCUCACUCCGUGGCCCACCUACAGGAAAAAGAUGCACAAUGCCAGUAAGAGGUAGCAAAAUACAAAAGCGGACCAAUGAAGGAGGACAAAACUUCAACGUGGGUGGCCGCAAUGGCAGCCUUGAUCAUUCCGUUAGGCAUCAACUUGGACGUUUUGCCUCUGCUGGGUUUGAUCAUCCUAGCAUGGAAGAGUUAGACGAACUUGAGGCACUAUUGGAGAGAGAGCAAGAGCUUCUGGGUCAACAGCAAAUCACUGAAAGUAGUAUAAAUUUAUUGCGUAGUCAAGAUCAAAGUCAGCAACAUCUGGUAGAGCGUACACACAGACAGGCUCACACUCCUCGUACUGUACCCAGAACGCACACUUCAGGUUCAGUUCCUCUGAAUCAACUUUCAGCAAUCAUUCUCAACAUGGCAUUUUCAGAUGCUGAAGAGGACCACCAGGGUGCAAGAAGGGAUGGAAGAGAAAGGACAAACAGCAGUGGUGGUAAUAAUGAAGGAAAUAGCAAUCAAGAACGUUCCACAAGUCGCUCUCGUACAGAAUCUGGAGUGAGCAAUGCUUCAACAGUGUCUCUUGCUUCACCGCCUGUGGCCCCUCCUCUUGCACCCCCUCCUGUAAAUAAUGGGCAUGGAAGUCCAUCAGUUUCAGGGGGAGUUCCUAACACAGCCUUUGCCAGUAGAAGUUCAUCAGGUGCUUCAAAUGCAACAAGUGAAGAAAUAGCAAAUAGGAUACUGGAUAUGAAGUCUUGUAUGUUGAUGGCUCGAGGACUUAUGAGGAGAAUUGCAUCUGGCAGGGGUGUAGACAGCAAAAAAAUAAUGGAGAAAUUGCAGCAGAUUCAAGGAUACAUUCAGCAAACAGCAACAGCAAUGGCAGCAUUAGAAGAGCAAGGAGAUCUGGGCAACAUAGGCCAAUACAACACACUGGUGAAAGUGAUGCGAGAUCUUAAGGAUUCAGAAGCUAAACUUAAGGGCCAUCUUGAGUCUGCUGUGCAAAAAGAAGGGUCAUCGCAGAGUGACAUCUAUUCAAGAUUUGUAACUCUGAAGAAAAGCCUACAACAACAGGAAGGGGAGUACAUGGAUAUUUUAGCACACUCCCUAGUUCUUAAUAAGGCAGCAGCACAAGUUGCAAAUGGAACUCAGAAUGAAACUCCUACAACCUCACGGCCUGCUAAUGGUACUGGUGAAACGACACCUGCCAACAGUGAGUCAACAAGUAACCAUAUUAUAGGUAUAGUUCGUCCCAGCAAUCUCCAGGGUCUGAGUCUUCAAGAACGAUUAAUAGCAAGUCAAGAAGAAUCAUCAGCUAUUGUUACCCGAAUGAGAGAUAGCAUUGCUCGUCGUGAAGAUCUUAUGACCAGAUAUAAGGCCACAAGAGAGCGCUUAGAAAAUCUGAAGAAACAGCGAGAGGACAUGCGUCAGGAACAAAGGCGUCUUCAAGGGUCAGUAAAUUCAGGUGAUUCUUCAUAUGAAGAUCCUGUCCCUGGAGCUGAAAAUUGGUCUAAUGAAGAAAUAGCGACCUCCAUCCAAGAAUUUCAGACUCUGUUUGAAAAAGUGGAUCGUAUCCAGGACAUGUAUACAGUAAAAGCAGAGAGCAUUGACCCCAAUGAUGAGGAGGCCAAGGCUCAUGUAGCCAGCAAGAUGGCACAAGUUGCUGAGAAACGCCAGCAGUUGAUUGAUGCACUUACUAAGCUUCGCCAGAUUCAGCGGCAGAGAGAGUCAGGUCAGUCAGAUGCUGGAGGAGCACCUGACUCUCAGCCAACCUCAGCAGUAACAGAUGCCUCAAAUUCAGCAAUUACUCCUGCGGAAUCUGAUGGUAUUCAGAGUGCUGAGAGUGAGCAACCAUCAGGAAAUGACACUGCAACUGCAUCAGGGUUAGGAUCCCAGGGAAAUGAGAAUGAAGGCGAGAGUAUAGAAAGAUUAGGUACUGCAAUUGCACGUGUCAGUAGAAUAUCUGAAGAAGUAACAUCAAAACAGAAUGAGUUGGCAAGUCUGCAAAAGCAGUUUAAUGACAUGAAGAAACUCUUAGAAACUGCAACUAAUGCUCGUAUAGAAGAUGAGAGAAGGAUGAUAGCCUCACAGAAACGUUUGGAAGAAGCUCAAGCUCUCGUUGCUGAAACUAGAAGAGCUAAAGUGGCUUUAGAAGAAGUAUGCCAAAGGGGUGAUGUGGAAGGAGCAGUUGGCGGUGAAAUUGUUGGUGUAUCAGGUCGUCGCAUUCAUUUGACUGAAAGUGAAAGACAAAAUCCAAUGGUGAUGUCAAAAUACCAGGAUAUAGAAAAAGCUAAAGAUCGUCUUGCUAAAAUGGAGGAGGUAAUGGCAAUGAUUUCAACUGCCAGUAAAAACCGCCAGGAUAUUCGUGACAUUCUUCCACCAGAGUACCUCAGCCUGCUGGAAGAAGCAGAGAUUGAAUACCCUGGUGGCAAUCGAACGAGACAUCAGGUGAGCGAUGUUCCUGUUAUUGAAGAAGAAUCUGAGGAUGAUACAAGAACAUCAAGGCGUUAUCAGAGAAGUUGUCGUAGAGGAAGUGCAAGCCGUGGUGAAGCAGGUAGUUCUGUCGGUCGUAACGAGCGAUACAUGAGGGAACAAGAAAGUCGAGAGAUAUCUGCCAUGCAGAAGAGGCUUAAUAAGACAACUUCAAGAAUAUCUGCCAUAAAUGAGGGAUCAAGGCAUGGCCAUGAAAAAGGGGCAAUCAAGAAACAACCACAGGCCUUGUGGCAAGAAAGAAGUUCAAAUGUUGAUCCAAGGAUGACUGAAGUGAUUGCCCUACAAGAAGAAUUGAAGCAAAAGAAAAAUGCCCUUGAAGCUCUUAUGCGCCGCAUGGGUAAAUCAUCAUCGCUCAACAUGGAUAAUAUUUCUGAUAACAUUUCAGACAAUAUAUCUGAUAAUGCAUCUGACAGAAUGGAUGGUGGAACCACAGCCACUUGGGGUACAGCACCUUUACAUGAUUAUUCUGACAAUCAUUAUCGACAGUCAAGUGUUCUUUGUCAUAGUGAUGAUGAACUUGUUGAAGCAGAAGACAUGGAAGUAUUACAGCGCUCCCAUCGUCGAUCUCAGCCACCAUCUUCUGGCCCCUCUAAAGAUAGAAAUCGUUAUUCGGGCACAAGUCGUCAUCGCCAUCGCCAAGAUUCGGGUCGUUUUUCUGUGAACAACCUGACUACUUCACCAGCUGGACGUCCCAAACACAAUCGAUUUGGUGGUAGCAGUGUACCAAAGGCUUCAUGGGAACCAAUUGCUAGUAUGAAUGAACACAAUUACAAGUCACCUUCUAAUACUGCACUUCAAGCUCAGCAGAGUAUUGGGGCUGCACUAUCACAGUUGAGCCAAGUCCAAGGGACCAUCAAUAAUUUACAUGAGACUCUGCGCCAUGAACAAACGCAAAUGAUGGUCCCACAAUUACUACCAGAAUUGCCCACACCCAGUCUCCCAUCAUCAUCUGUCUCUCAUCUACCUGGUGUUGGUGUCCAACCUCUAACCCCAAUGACUGCUUAUGCAGGAUUAGGGUCAUUAACUUUAGGAUUACUAGAGGGGCAGCUAGAGGUGGCCAGUCACAUUAAGACCUCAGGGACAAGUGAUCCAAAUGGAGCACAAAUGGUAUCAUUGUUACAACAGUGCAUUUCACAGCUGCAUCUUCAUUCUUUGGAAAUCCAGGCUCUGAGCAAACACCUGCAGGUGAGACGCCCACUGUUCUUCCCACCUCACUAUCCACCAUAUCAGUGAGGGGCUGAUAAGCAUUUUUGACCAUCUUUAGCUCUGUUGAUAUGUAUGCCCAGGGUUCUUAGGAUUCACCAUACUAUACUCUAUGAUUAUUAUACAUUAUGUGAUGUUCAAUGAGUGUUUAGAUUUUAUAAACCAUUUUUUUUU